UAAUUAAUGCUGAAGCAAUGAACGAUGACAGUUAGAAGUGAAAAUACAGAGGGCGGGUAAACUAAUUUGACAUUACGAGGUUGAGGUAUCUGGUAGUUGAUUGGGAUUGGCUGAUGCUGUGGAAUAAUAUCGCGUCUGGUUUUACCAGUGGAAUGGGAUGUCUGGAGUCGAAUAAAAGGUGGAAGGAGAAACAAUUUCGCGCGUUGACUGCAUUAUAAAUUUUUUUUUUUUCAAAGAUAUUUCUUACAACACAACGUACACAUACGCUAGGAUAAAUAUUUUAUUUGUCAUUUAUUUGCUGGGUUAUCCGUCUGAUUUAUAAUUAUCUGGCAGAAUGUCCGUUAUGGGCAAGCCGGUACUGUACUCAUAUUGGCGGAGCUCUUGUUCAUGGAGGGUGAGAAUUGCUCUCAAUUUAAAAGAAAUUCCAUAUGAUAUAAAACCAGUAAGUUUAGUAAAAGCUGGCGGCGAGCAACAUUGCAAUGAAUAUAGAGAGAUUAAUCCGAUGGAACAGGUUCCGGCACUUCAUAUUGAUAAUCAUACGUUAAUAGAAUCAUUAAAUAUUAUGCAAUACUUGGAAGAAACACGACCACAUCGGCCUUUACUGCCGGCAGAUCCUGUUAAAAGAGCUAGAGUUAGAGAAAUAUGCGAAGUUAUAUCAAGUGGUAUUCAGCCGCUACAAAAUUUAGUUGUUUUAAUUUAUGUCGGGGAGGAACGUAAAAAAGAAUGGGCGCAGCAUUGGAUUACCCGUGGAUUUACAGCUGUUGAAAAAUUACUGUCGUCUAGUGCUGGUAAAUAUUGCGUGGGAGAUGAAAUAACUCUAGCAGAUUGUUGCUUAGUACCGCAAAUAUUUAAUGCAAGGAGGUUUCACGUUGACCUGAGACCUUUUCCAACAAUUCUCAGGGUCGAUCGUCAUUUAGAAAACCACCCGGCUUUUACAGCAGCUCAUCCUAAUAAUCAGCCUGACUGUCCUCCAGAAGCGACCAAGUAGCAAGCAAGGCAGACCACCCUCUUCUUGUUCUAAUUAUUAUAAAUUAUUAGAAGUAAGAAGUGCUAGGUGGUCCUGAUUUUAUUAUCCAGCUCGGAACGAUAGAGAAUAAAAUUAUUUAAUACAAUAAUUGACAAUUUAUAUUAAUUACAGAACACAUAUUUAAUGUAAUAGUUUUAACUGGUAGUCAAUUCAUUCCGCGCCAAAGUAUUCAAAACUACGGGUAUCAACAAAUAUUUUUUAUUUUUAUUGUAUUUUAUUCUCUAUUGCUCGGCUGUCAUUAAUAAUAAAAAAAAAAAUAUAAAAAAAAAAAAAAAAAAAAUGAUAAUAAUGAUAAUAUGAAAAUAGUGAUUGAUUAUUAUAAAAAUCAAAAUAAUUAUCAUCUUACCAAUUUAUUUUUUUAGUCGUUACUAUACGUGAUAUAUGACAUUGGCCUAGUUCAUUUUUAUUUGUUAUAAAAUAUUUUUUUAUCUUAAACUCUAUUAUAUUUUUUUAAUCUUAAUAUUUUUUUACUGCAUUUACCGGUUAUUAGUUUUAUUGAAAAUAAAAUAUUUUCUAGGGUUUAUAUUUAGUAGUAGGAAACUUUAAAAUAAAUAAAAUAAAAAUGAUAAUUAAUAUAUAUAUAUUAUUUUUGUCAAUCUAAUUGAUAAAAUUUCCAUUAGAAGUAAAUAAUAAUAAUAAUAAUAAUAACAAUAAUAAUAAUAAUAAUAAUAAUAAAAUAAAGACAAAUAGAGAUGGAGAUAAAAAGAAAAUACUGGCUCUGCUCAACACCAUAUCUUAGUUAUUUUAAGAUAUGGAAAGUACAAAAGAUCUUCCUCCAUGUUUUAUUUUAUCAAUUAUCUUCACUUCAUAUUCUCUUUUGUUAUUAAAAUUGAUAACGCGACUAAUAACUCCAUUAUUGUGAUUAAACUUUUUUUUUUAUUUAAAAAAAGAUUGAAUCAAUAAAAAUAUUUUAUGAGCUUCC